AUUAUCCCCUGCACUGCCUGUGACAGUUUCCAACCUGCUCUACAACCCCGAACCUCCGACUCGCGCUUUUUGCUCUCCAGCAUCCUGCGAUGGAUCAAGACGCAUAUAUGGGAGCCGCUGCAAACCGGUCUCAGAUUCUGUCAGCUGGUGUGCAUCUUCCUGCCCGUCAUACUCGCAGCACCAAUGCUGGUGGUCGGGAAGUCAGAGAAGAAGCUGGAUGGGGAUCGAUGGGGGGCGGUGUGGUGGUAUGGGCUGCUGACUGCGCAGAUGCAGCGAGCGGGCCCAACAUUUACCAAGCUGGCUCAAUGGGCGGCAUCGAGAAAGGACUUAUUCCCGUCUCUUCUUUGCGAAAAGCUUGGCCGCUUGCACUCAAAUGGCAAACCACAUUCAUUUUCCCAUACAAGACGAGUAGUGGAACGGGUGUUCAGAGCGCCGUUUGAUGAAGUAUUCGAAUCAUUCGACAGAACACCGAUAGGCUGCGGCGCUAUCGCGCAGGUCUACAAGGGUCGUCUAAAGCAAUCUGUCCUGCCACCGAGCUACUUGAAUCCACGUCAUCCGCACGAGCGCAGGUUCCCACCGCAGUUCCCGCCGACAAGUCCUCCGCCCUCAUCACCGCCUUCUGCCGAAGUUGCGAUCAAAAUCCUGCACCCGCGGGUGGAAAAGACCAUUAACCGUGAUCUAAGGAUCAUGAGCUUCUUUGCACGCGCACUCUCGUUGAUACCCGGCGUGCAGUGGCUCUCAUUGCCCGAGGAAGUGGAAGUGUUUGGUGGCAUGAUGCGUUCCCAGCUGGACUUGCGGGAGGAAGCGUCUAAUCUCCGACGGUUUGAGAAGAAUUUCGAAAACCGACAGUCAGCGAUCGGAUUUCCACGACCGGUCGAAGAAUAUUCCACGAGGGACAUUCUCGUCGAAGAAUACGAGAACGCGCUGCCUCUACCUGCUUUCCUCAAGCACGGAGGGGGUCCUUUCGAUGAGCAACUCGCUAACAUGGGUCUUGACGCCUUCCUAAACAUGCUAUUACUCGAUAACUUCGUGCACACCGACCUGCAUCCUGGGAAUAUCAUGGUCAAGUUCUAUAAGCCUAGCACAGGUUUCUUCUUCAAGCUCAUUGGGAACAAGCUGUUCGGAACUCCUAAACCAAAUGAGGAAGCGCUUUUUGCCGAGAGCGAUGCAAUUGUUGGUCGGCUGAAACCACUUGCUCAAAGUGAUGCUCCCGAAGGAGCGUGGCUGUCCGAAUUGAAUCAACUCCACGAGGAGGGAUACCUUCCGGAGCUGAUAUUCGUCGACACCGGUCUCGUCACCACACUUUCACCAACAAAUCGCCGAAACUUCCUCGACCUCUUCCAAGCGAUCGCUGUGUUCGACGGAUAUCGGGCUGGCCAGCUAAUGAUCGAAAGAUGUCGCACGCCGGACCUCGCGAUUGAUACGGAGACGUUUGCAUUGAAGAUGCAACACCUGAUUCUUUCGGUCAAAUCAAAGACAUUCUCCCUUGCUCAGAUACGGAUAUCGGACGUCCUGUCCGAGGUGCUCACCGCCGUGCGCACCCAUCACGUAAAGAUGGAAGCGGACUUCGUAAACACAGUCAUCUCAAUCUUGCUGCUGGAAGGUAUCGGUCGACAGCUGGAUUCCAACAUGGAUCUGUUCCGGUCUGCAGUGCCCAUUCUACGCCAGGUUGGGCGGCAAAUGGGCUCUCGCCCGGGGCAGAUCAAAGAGUACGACAUGGGCAGCUUGACGGCUAUUGCGAAAGUCUGGGUCUGGAUGGAGGCGAGAGAACUGGCGAACGCGGCAUUCAGCAGCAUUGACGAAAUCAUGCGUUAUGAUUGGUUGACACCCAAUAUAUAAGACUCGUGGACAAUGGAAGGAGAGAGAACUGCUCUGGCUAUCGAGAGGAUAGAAAAAAUACACAUUAUACUCGUAUUUGUACUAUUAUAACGAGUAGAAUGUUUUCUUAGCGAUUAUAUCGAGCCCAAGCCUAAUGAACUGAAC